GAUUGAAAUGUAUUAUCAUUACCAAACCGCCAGACAGGUCAAUGUGACCUUGUAUCUAAACGUGGAAUAUAACCGCGUCUCGCUCAGCAAACUUGAACAUUGGUAUCGCUGAUGAUCACGCCUCAGCAGUCGUCUGCUUUGUGUGUAGACUUGUCGGUACAGUUCAUUCUAGAACGUGUGGAUUAGCUUACUCCACGUGUAAGGCAGUUUCUUGGUUAUCAUUUCAAGGUGUCCAGAAUGAAGCAAGUAGCGGUUAUCGGGGCCGGACCCAGUGGGCUACCUGCCAUUAAGGCUUGUGUAGGAGGACAUUUGGUUAAAGUGUUGGUUGUUGUGUUACUAGGUGUCCAGAAUGAAGCAAGUAGCGGUUAUCGGGGCCGGAGCCAGUGGGCUACCUGCCAUUAAAGCUUGUGUAGAAGAAGGAAUGCUGCCUACAUGUUUUGAAAAAUCCGGCGCACUUGGCGGCCUGUGGAACUACACGAGGGAGGUUCGGGAGGAUCAAUCCUGUGUAAUGAAAUCCACGGUGAUCAACACUAGUAAGGAAAUGCUGAGCUACAGUGACUUCCCCGUACCUAAGGACUACGCCAUGUAUAUGCAUCACGCAUACGUACUCAAGUACCUCAACCUGUACGCAAAAGAGUUCGACCUUGCCAAAUACAUCCGUUUCCGAACCGAGGUCCAGUCUGUGGUGAUGGCGAAUGACUAUGAGACUUCCGGUCGAUGGGAUGUUACAAUCAAAGAGUUACAAAGUGGUAAAGUGACCACUGAGACAUAUGACGCUGUCAUGGUCUGCAUUGGUCAGCAUACCUAUAAAUACAUCCCCGAAUUUGCUGGCAUCGAAAAAUUUAAAGGCAAAAUAUUCCAUUCUCAUGACUAUCGAGACUGCCGUGGGUAUGAAGACCAGAAGGUGAUCGUAGUAGGUGUGGGGAACUCCGGAGUAGACACCGCCGUGGAUCUGUCCCGAACCUCCAAACAGGUGUACCUGAGCACCAGACGUGGUUGUUGGGUAUCUAAACGGUUAACGGACAAGGGUGCUCCGGACGAUAUGCAAAGCUACAGGCGGUAUCUAAUUGCUCUUCGGGACCGCAUUCCGACGGGCAUCUUGGAGUUUGGAAAGAUAAGGAAGAUGAACCAACGGUUUGACCACAAGUCUUACUCCCUGAAACCCGAGCAUGGCUACUUCUCUCAACACCCGACCAUAAGUGACGAUCUUCCCAAUCGAAUUGCAAGCGGUUCUAUCAUCGUAAAACCCAACAUCAAACGUUUCCUGGAAAACGGAGCUGAGUUUGAAGAUGGAACCGUAGAAGAAAACAUCGACGCCGUAUUCCUGGCAACCGGGUACAAAUACAACUUCCCAUUCCUUGAUAACUCUCUGAUAGAGGUCAAAGGAAACAGGGUCGAUCUUUACAAACAUCUGUUCCCGCCAAAUUUGAAACACAACACGAUGGUCCUGAUCGGCAUUAUGCAGCAGAUAGGAGCCGUGUUUCCCAUAUCUGAACUCCAAAGUCGUCUGUCUGCCAGAGUGUUUAAGGGGGAUAUCCAAUUGCCCUCAUCAACUGAAAUGUGGAAUGACAUCAAUCGGAAACGGGACGUCGUGAAAAAGCGGUUUGUCCAAUCAAAUCGUUAUACCAUGAAGGUGGACAUGGUUCCAUAUAUGGAUGAGCUUGCAGAGCUUCACGGGUCAAAGCCGGAUUUAUACCGAGUCGCUAUGUCCGACCCCACUCUGGCGUUCCAAUGCUUUUUCGGCCCAUGCACGCCAUACCAGUUCCGGUUAGAAGGGCCAUGUACAUGGAAAGGGGCCCGGGAGGCCAUUAUGACUCAAUGGGAUCGUACCUGGCACCCAAUGAAGACCCGACCGACCGGCCCUUAUUCCUGGAUAGAGUCCAUGGAGACCUACCUAUACGCCAUUGUGUGUCUCCUAAUGGCAUAUUGUUUGCUUAUCGUAUUUUUAUGAAGGCUAUCAUAUUAUCUCGAUACUGGAUCACAGACAUUGUUAUGCAUUUAGCGUAAAGGCUAUCAAACAGACAUUUUCAGUAUAUCAGGAACGAUAACUGAGUUGUGGUUUCUGAAAUCGCUGUAGGUUUAUAUCUCUCCUACAGUGUUAAACACAACUAUAAUAUCUUGUUACAAUAACGUUCCAUUGCAAGCUAUUUUUUAUUUAAUUUUCAUUUGAUUUAGUAACACAAUGAUAUGCAAUAAUACGUUUAAAUAUAUACAUUGAACGUUUUCCUUAUUUGAUCAAAGUGACAUUCUUCGCAUGCGUGUUUCAUGUAUACCACGCAAUUGACACACUUGCAUAACUAUCGUAGUUGCUACAAUUGCUUUUAACUACACUAAUUAAUCAAAAUUUCAAUUAUUUUAUUCAGAUGUUUGUAUCAAAGAACAUUUUUUAAUGAUUUCGAACUUGAAUGUUACUAAAAUACUGUGUGUACAUUUCCUUGUCAAUUGAAUUGAAUAACUACCUAAAUCGACAUACCCUGUGCAGGUAAUUGUUUAUAUACCAUAUGCGUUAACAUCCUCAUAAAACGAUGACGUCAAACGAAAAUG